GUGGCUGCGGGAUCAUACUAUAUAAAACUAAAAUGGAUGAAAAUGGCAUGUGAGGUGUUGUUAAAUUUCAGUGAAAUGUUUAGUUUCUUCAGCCGCCUAGGAUGGGAGGCUGCAUAGGCAUAACAAGGGCAAGAAAUGCCUCAGUCGAUGAUACAUCGGGAAAUUCAACGAGAACUAAUUCAGGAAAUUCAAGAAAAAAUCACCCACUUUGCCAUGAGGUAAUCAGAUGGAAGUCAGACGUACCUUUAACUGAAGGUCAACUAAGAAGUAAAAGAGAUGAGUUUUGGGAUACAGCUCCUGCAUUUGAUGGAAGAAAAGAAAUAUGGGAUGCAUUAAGAGCUGGUGCGACAGCAGCUGAAGCACAAGAUUAUCAAUUAGCACAGGCUAUAUUAGAUGGAGCUAAUAUUUCUGUGCCAAAUGGUUUCUUAACGGAAUGUUAUGAUGAAUUAGGUACACGAUAUCAAGUCCCUAUUUAUUGUUUAUCAUAUCCUAUCAAUAUUGUAAAAGAAGAUAGUGGCAGAGAUUCACCAGCAGAUUGUUCAGAACCAGUUGAUGGAGGAACCGAGCAAACUUUAAAAUUACGACUAUCUACAACUUUAGGGGAUGUAAAAUUACCUGUAUACAGCAAGGAUACUAUUGGUAUAGCCAAAAAGAAAUUACAAAGUCAAGAAGGCCUAGAACCAUCACGACAACGGUGGUUUUUUGGUGGAAAAUUAUUAGGUGAUAAGAUGCAUAUAGAAGAAGCAAAAGUGCAGCCAGGUUAUGUAAUUCAAGUAAUUGUAAAUCCAGAAAAAACGGAUGACAGUCCAGCUAAAACCAGUUGAAUUUACAUAUGCAUAUGAAGUGAUCAAACACACCACUAAACCAAUAAUCAAUAUUAAGCACAUUCUUGCACAUAUUAAAACAAACAUUUUGCACUUUUUAUUGCAUUCGUUAAAUAUAACGUAUUAACUGAGAUUGGUUUUACAUAGUAACAUCAAUUUAAGUUGUGAGUAUUAUCAAAUAUGCUAAUACUUGGAUAAAUUAUUUGAGUUCUACAUUAUAUAAAGUAUAGUCAUUAUACUUGAUUAUGUUUACAAUUUGAUAUAUAUUACAAUGUCUAGCAAAGUAAAGAGAAUUGUGUGUGUAUGAGAAUGUGCUUAUUUUACUCAAUGUUAUCUAUUUACAUGUACAGUAAAAAUCGACUGAGAUAUAUCUUCAACAUCAAUAUACGAAUACAAAAUUAA